AUGGCGCACCACCAAAGACACCCUUCGAUAGCAUCGUCUACCAAGACUACCACGCCGACAGACAGCUGGGAAUCGUACUUCGACUCGUGGGGGGUGGAAGACGGAGACGUGCCCGACAUGGCACCACCCCCUCGGCGCACCAUUAUUGAGCCUGUGAUCGUGAAUGACGAACUCUACGACCCGGAAAGCCUGCUGAAUGCCGAAUUCAACCUGGAUCGUGCCCUGGAUUUGGAGUUGGACUGGGAUUUCCAGGACUAUCACCACGACUACCAGGACAGGUGCUCCCCCAAGGUGUUUGGGAGAUUGAAUGACGCCAAUCCGGCCAACAAGCGGCAUGCGAUUUGCGUCUCAAACCGACGGGCAGCGGCAGCGGCAGCGGCAUGUGGUCAAAGCCAGACUCGAAGAGAUCGUCGCCCAGCGACUGUGUCGACACCAAUGGCCACCCGGCCUGAUGACGUUGAGCGGAUGGCAAAUAUGGGGAUGACCCAGCCUCGUCAACCAUUCGUGGCAAGGCAGGGGGAGAUUGGCAGAUCUGGCCAUGCGUGCUUGACCAGGAGGAGGACCCUGCAUGGGCGCCGGUCGGACUAUUGUUUCGAGAGCUCCAGCAGCAGCAGAAGACCACACCGGGCACUGCAGCGUAAGGAGCAUUUCAACAGGAACCCACCGCAGGCGGAGCCACCUGUAAGUUAUUUUGCCCCCCCGCGCGACGCCUAUCAAGCCCGAUGA